AUGAAGGGAGGGGGGCGGACUGCACUCUCUGUUUUCUCUUAGUCGUUCUCAUUGGCUCAUGUCGCGUCCUCGACGGAUGUCCAGAUGUCUCCGCCUUCCCAUGAGAUUCUGUUAGACGUUAAAGGUUAUCUCUCGGAUAGCACAGACAGUGGGAUACUCGAAUGUACCAGAGAUGCUGUAGGAGUUUACUGCUGCUCUCCAAAGACAUGUAACCAUUGAUUUAUGAUCUGCAUCCUGUGACCAUCUUCGACCAUGUACUCUGGAGUAAACUUGAAGACGAUGUCUCAGAGCAACUCUGGGAUUCCUCUGCCGAAGAGCCUGACCAACUACUCCAAAGCUGACACCACAUUCCUAAGCAGCAGUUUACCGGGACCGGCGGGUGGACGGGUUCAAUCGUUUACCACCCCCAAAUCAUCCACAUCUUCACUCAGAAGGUCGAAACAUAGGAUACAACCUUCACAAGGAGCUCAGGAGUCGUCCAGUGGCAUAAAUAGGUCUUUAUUUGCUUCCCGCUCAGCCCAUAGCAGCCCACAUGUGCCCAAAAGAGAGAUUUACCAAUUAAAAAACACACUUCGCAGGGGCUCGUUGCCUCAAGUAGGCUUUAGAGACCUGGAUAGACAUUCAAACAAAAACUUUAGAUCUGGACAUCAUCAUUUUAAGAGUCUAGACAAUGAUGUUGCUGAAUCUUCAGGUACAGGGAUAUCUAAAGAGAUGCAUCACAAGCCAACCAAUGGGAAUGUCAUACUAGAAACAUCAACUGGAAUGCAUAAAGGCUUACAAAAGCAACGGAUAGGAAUGGGUGAUAAAGAAAUUCCAUAUAAAUCCCAGGUCGGUGUCCCAAACAGACGUCCCACAAGGAACGAGUCUCCACGCAUGGCCAAAGUGGCGCCUUUCAGAUUCAGGAUGCAGGUUCAAGAGGAUGUAGAUGGGUCUUCUCUGGAGGAUCUGAGUGAAUGUUCCUCAGACUCGAUGGAAGUUUGCUGUGAGUAUUUUGAUCCAGAAUCACAAAGGAAGCGGACAGUUCAGAAUGUUCUGGAUCUCCGACAGAACCUGGAGGAAACCAUGUCCAGUCUACGAGGAACCCAGCUGAGCCAAAGCUGUCUGGAGAGCAGCAUCUGCUACGACAGCGACGAAACCAACGCCCGUAGCAUCUCCAGCCUCUCCAACCGCUCCUCGCCUCUCUCCUGGCGUUACGGGCAGUCCAGUCCCCGCCUGCAGGCCGGCGAUGCCCCUUCCUCAACCGGAAGCAGCUAUUUGGCAGGCACGAAGACCUCGUCUCAGUACACAUCUCACACGAUGCCCGCGCGCUGCACCGGCAAUCUGGGCCGCGCGUCUCACAGCGAGUUCAUCGAAGGCUUGGACGCCGGAGAUGGUGACCUCAAGUGUGGCUAUCUGAGCGACUCUGACUUGCUUGGAAAAAGCUUGCAUGAUGAAGAUGAUGAUGAUAAUCUGGCCAAUGGUUGGGAUGAGAGCAGCUCCAUCAGUAGUGGGUUAAGUGAUGGCUCUGAUAACCUCAGCUCAGAAGAUCUGAACGCCAGCUCAUCGCUCAACUCUCUCCCCACUACGCCUCUUGGCUCACGACGCAACUCCUCAGUCAUGUUACGCACCGAUGCUGAGAAGCGUUCUCUGGUGGAGAGCGGCCUAGCGUGGUACAGCGAGGACUGUAAGUCUUUACAGAAGUCAGAUGGGCUUUAUGACACGGGCAGUCUAAAAUCAGAGCCCUCCAGCAAGUGGAGGAAGACUCGGACGCCGGACGCUUCCACGCACGAGAAAACGGCAAAAUGUGAAGUAAAGAAACCUCAAAGCAUCGGACAGCCAGGCAGCUUCAGAAAGACCCGCAAUCCUCCUGUGGGCGUCACCUCGCCCAUCACACAUACAUCACAAAGCAUGCUGAAAGUAGCAGUCCCCAAAGGAGACCCCAAGGCUGUUGAUAAGGUAAAAAUGACCGUGAAGGCAACAGGUCUUCAGCGCUCACGUUCAGAUGCCGGACGCGACAACGCAGAGCAUCGCAAGCCUCCAUCCGGUCUGGUAAAACCCUCCUCUUACGGCUACAAGAAACCUUCUACUACUGGUACCGCAGCGGUUAUGACAGCAGGGGGCGCCACUAUUACGAGCGGCUCAGCUACUGUGGGAAAAACCCCAAAGUCUUCAGCCAUCCCCAUCAAACCCGUCCCAGGUGGAGGGGGGCGUAAAAACAGCUUUGAUGCCAGCGGCUCCGAACAGGGCUUCCUUGCGCCCAACGCACGCAGUAGCAUUCAGUACCGCAGCCUGCCACGGCCAGCAAAAUCCAGUGCUAUGAGCCUAACCGGGCGACCUCCUUCUCGCCCCGUUAGCGGUACCAUUGACCCUAGUCUCCUCACCCUCAAACCUGUACCGGCCUUACCCAACACAAUGCCCACCAGAGGAAAGGAGGGCGGCAGCUUGAAGGGAUCCGGUCGUUCGAGCGUGACAGGGCCGGUUAACCAGACGGACCGUGAGAAGGAAAAGGAGAGAGCCAAAGCUAAAGCAGACCUUGAGAUCAGCUGUCUAAAGGGUGAGAACCAAGACAGUUGUGGAGAGGCUGUCGAGAAGAUCCAUAGGGUACGGAGAACAAGCACGAGUAAAUAUCCUGAACUGAGCUCUCCGACCGGCACGCCGAGGUUGCUCAGUAGUAAGUCUCUUGCUCACCCUCCAAGCCUGGCUCACCUAGACAAGGUCAACUGCAACAGUCUGGACUCCUGCAUCACCAUUCAAGACCUUCCACCCAAGAUUCCUCCCUACUCCAAGCUCCAGGACCUGGCCGGUUCCCGCGUGUCCCCGCGUCUCACCCCGAGUCCUGCCCCGGUGCUUCACAUCGAUUCCCCGAGAUGUUUCUCCGGCCAGGCGUUGUCUGUGAGCAGCUCCCCCAUUCUGUACCCGAAGAUGUCCGGGCUGCACCGCAGCAUGGAGUCGCUGCCGCUGAACAUGAGCGUUCCCAAAAUGGAUCUGGGCAACCGUGAGGUGAACAGGAACACUGGGACUUGGGGUGCUGGCAGUAGGACAUCCAUCACUCUGGGUGACGGUUUAGAAACUGAUAGGAACACCUUACCCAAGAAAGGAUUAAGUCACUGUGGCAGCGGCAAAACGGAGGUAGAAGUGCGGGAACGACGUCAUUCGCACACGAUAUCAAGCAUGACCGAAUCAGACAGCCCGCCCCUGCUGCCGUCUCCUACGCACGUCACAGGGUCCUUUCCCGGGAAAACUACCAAUGUGGUGGCGCCUAUCCCGAAUUCUGGCUCCGGAUCUCAGAUCACUCGCUCCAGCAGCAUCCCGGCUAAUGAUAUGGGCUAUGAGCUGUAUGGCACAUCUCCUCUGGGCAGCUCUCUCUCUCUGGCCGAGCGACCUAAGAGCAUGAUGAGAUCUGGAUCGUUCAGAGAGCCUGUCGAAGAUGUUCAUGGCUCUGUUCUGUCUCUGGCCUCUAAUGCAUCAUCCAACUAUUCAUCAACUGAAGAGAGAAUGCAAGGAGAGCAAAUCCGGAUACUGAAGCGUGAGCUGGAGUCAUCACAAGAUAAAGUGGCCAGUCUGAGCACACAGCUGUCUGCAAACGCUAACCUGGUUGCAGCGUUCGAACAGAGUUUGGCCCUCAUGACUGCACGACUGCAAAGUCUGUCGGUCACAUCUGAACAGAAGGACCUGAGGCAAACCAUAGACAACCUGAAGUGCAAAAACACAGAGACACAGGUCAUUAUUCAAGGAGCCCUGGAUAUUCCUGAGACCACACCUAAAGAGUUACAGAUGGACAGACAAAACUCUUCAGAGAGCAUCUCCAGUCUUAACAGCAUCACCAGUCACUCCAGCGCCGGCAGCCUGAAAGAACAAGAAGCCAAGAAGAAGAAAAAGAAAAGCUGGUUAAGAAGCUCCUUCAACAAAGCUUUCAGCAAAAAGGGUUCAAAGUCAUCAUACGCAGAUAUCGAGGAGAUCGCAACACCGGCCUGCUCCACCCCCUCAUCUCCUAAAAUCCACAAUGAAGUGGACAACGCUCCUGACAAGACCUCCACCUCUACAUCAGAAUCGUGUGACGGCACGGAGCACGACGAGAAAGUGGUGUCAAAUUUACGUUCCGAACUAUGGGAAAAAGAACGGAAACUGACGGAUAUCCGUUUAGAGGCUCUUAGCUCCGCCCACCAGCUGGAGCAACUACAAGAAGCGAUGACCAACAUGCAGAUGACAGUAGAGAACCUGAAGGCGGAGAAUGACCAGCUGAAGACCGGAGGCCCCUCCUCCCGACCUCCAAGCUCCACCUCCCAGUCCUCUGGUCUGAGUUCAAUGGGCGUUGCAUCACCACGCCAAUCAGUGUCUUCUCUCACCAAAACCUUCGGCAUGGGACAAAAUGAACUUUACCCAGAUGUUUUUCAAAGCCCCACCGCCACUUUGCAGAAAGACGAGAGUUUGGUCCGAGUGAUGGUUCGAAUACCAAACCAGCACAUGUUUAAAGAUGAGGUCAAGCAGUUGGAGUUUUUCAUCGGCACGGUUAAGAUCAGCGGACGCACGGACUGGUUUGCUCUGGACUCUGCAGUUAGUCAGGCUUUUAAAGAUUAUUUAUCAACGGUGGAUCCCAGCUCGAGUCUUGGCCUCUCUCAGGACUCCAUCUACAGCUACAGUCUGAGUCAUCUCAAGAGAGUUUUGGGUGCCCAGCCGCCCGAAACCCCACCGGUGCGCCUUUACACCAAAGGAUCUUCUUGUAUCAUAGUAGCCCUUAAAGGUCUGAAGGAGAAGUGUGUAGACGUUCUCGUGUUUGAGACACUCAUCCCCAAACCCAUGAUGCAACAUUACAUCAGUCUGUUACUAAAGCACAGGCGCUUGAUGUUAUCGGGCCCGAGUGGUACAGGAAAGACCUACCUCACCUACCGCCUCGCAGAGUACCUGGUGGAGCGCAGCGCUCGAGAGAUCACGCCUGCCAUCACAGUCACCUUCAAUAUGCACCGCCAGUCCUGCAAGGACCUUCAGCUUUAUCUGUCCAAUCUGGCCAAUCAGAUUGAUCGUGAGAGCAGCCCUACUGAAAUCCCAUUGGUCAUCAUCCUGGAUGAUGUCAGUGAUGUGGUAUCCACCAGUGAACUUGUCAAUGGUGCUUUAACCUGUAAAUAUCAUAAAUGUCCAUACAUAAUAGGAACAACCAAUCAGCCUGUGAAAAUGACCCCAAACCAUGGCCUGCAUCUCAGCUUCAGAAUGGUGACGUUUUCCAAUAACGUCGAGCCAGCCAAUGGGUUCCUGGUGCGUUACCUGCACAGAAAACUAAUGGAAGCAGAAAAUCCCAAAAGUGUAACCAAUGAAGAUCUCCUCCGGGUACUGGACUGGGUUCCCAGACUCUGGUACCACCUGCACACCUUUCUGGAAAAGCACAGCACCUCAGAUUUUCUCAUCGGCCCCUGCUUCUUCCUCUCGUGUCCAGUUACGGUCGAUGAAUUUCGGACGUGGUUUAUUGAUCUUUGGAAUCAUUCCAUCAUUCCAUACCUGCAGGAAGGUGCCAAAGAUGGCAUUAAGGUUCAUGGUCAGAAGUCAGUUUGGGAAGACCCUGUGGAGUGGGUCCGAGGAUCUCUGCCAUGGCCCUCAGCUCAACAAGACCAGGCCAAACUUUUUCACCUGCCUCCACCCAGCACCGGACCUGGAAGCCCCAGCCAACCAGGAGACGACCGGCCGCACAAGGAGACUCCGCCCAGCUCUGUGGAGUCAGAUCCACUGAUGGCCAUGCUGUUAAAACUACAAGAGGCUGCCAAUUACAUUGAGUCUCCAGAGAAAGAGACGGAUCUCAAACUCCCACCUCUUUAAACACCUGUAUGACCAUGACCUCUGAACCUCCACACACCUGCAGAUGACUCUGUACUGUUACAUGAAAUGCUAUGAGCGCAUUUCACAGAAAUACAUCACAUCUUCUUUUAUUUAAAUCGUGCAAAUCUCAGCAGCAUGCCCUCACAAUACUAGACUUUCGCAGUACCAUGGUUAAGCAAUGGUAAUACCGUGGUACUUUAAUAUGUAACAUGCUACACUUUGAUGACUAUAUUCCUACACCAUGGUACUCUUAAAUACUUAAAAGAUGGUAUCGUCCAAGAAAACAUGAUCUCCAUUGUAUUGUAUGGCACUUAUAUGUGAAA